CAAGAAAUUCAGAAAUUGGUAGAAAUUGGAGUCAAGCCAUGUAAAAUAAUAUUUGCAAAUCCUGUGAAAUUCCGAACGCACAUAAAGUUUGCUGCGUCCGUCGGCGUCCAUCUGAUGACGUUUGACUGUGUGGAAGAGCUGCUGAAGAUCCGAGAAUGUGAUCCAGAAGCAAGUUUCCAUGUGGGAUUUUCUUUCCAAGAUUCCAAAUGUUACGUAGAAGCAAUAAAAACAGCUAGAUGGGUGUUUGACGAAGUCUCGAAGAUGGGAGUGAAGAUGACUUUAUUAGACAUUGGUGGUGGAUACCCCGGCUCUAGAACUAGUCUUAAUUGUUUCAAAGAAAUCGCUACAUCAAUAGGAAAGACUCUUGACCAAUGUUUUCCACCGUCUUGUGGAGUAAGAGUGAUUGCUGAACCUGGUCAGUAUAUGGUGGCUGCCGCCUUCAAUCUCUACAGUAAAGUGAUUCUGGUCAAAAAUCAGCAAAGCUUAGAAAGAAAGAACUCUCUGUGUGGAAUUAACACGUAUAUAACAGACGGUAGAUACGGAAGUUUUGGCGGAAAUUUUUACCCUUUCCAAGAUAUUCAAGUUGUUCCUCUUGCGGUAAGUAAAAAAAUCCACAGUGAAUAAAGAAAAAAUGAUACAUGUGUUUGAUGGAUUUUCCUAAAAGCAACUGCAGUAAAUUCUUGGGAGUGCUUUUUUUUAUGGUAGCGUAAUACGA